CGGUCACAUGCGGGAUCAGCUGACAUCACCAGCUUCUCCUUUUGAUGCUCUUCCUCCUCUAGUGUCAGACGCCGUUUGGAAAAUCAGAAUUAAAUUUGUCUCUUUGCUUUUUUUUGCGUCGGCUUUUAAAUUAAAGCCAAGAUUAAGUUGCUGCUUCUGCAGUUUAGACCGCCGGAUAGAUGCUGUUAGAGUGGAUGAUGAACGGACACGCCAUUCUUUACACAGGGGUCACUUUGGCCUUCUGGACUACAAUACUAAUCGUUGGUAUAUGUUAUACCAUAUUUGACCUUGGAUUCCGCUUUGAUGUGGCAUGGUUCCUGACUGAGACGUCUCCUUUUAUGUGGGCCAAUCUGGGCAUCGGUUUGGCCAUCUCUCUGUCUGUGGUGGGAGCAGCUUGGGGGAUCUACAUCACUGGUUCAAGCAUCAUUGGUGGAGGAGUCAAGGCUCCAAGAAUCAAAACCAAAAAUUUGGUCAGCAUUAUCUUCUGUGAAGCUGUUGCCAUUUAUGGGAUCAUCAUGGCAAUUGUUAUUAGCAACAUGGCUGAGAAUUUCAGUGGCACAACCCCUGAGACCAUCGGAGCACGAAAUUACCAAGCUGGUUAUUCCAUGUUCGGAGCUGGCCUCACUGUGGGCUUUUCCAACCUUUUCUGUGGGAUCUGUGUGGGCAUCGUGGGCAGCGGAGCAGCUUUGGCAGACGCCCAGAACGCCAGCCUCUUUGUGAAGAUUCUUAUUGUGGAAAUCUUUGGUAGCGCAAUUGGCCUGUUUGGUGUCAUUGUAGCAAUUCUGCAGACCUCUAAAGUAAAGAUGGGUGAUUAGAAGAUGUGCUCACAUCCUGAGAAGACGAGGAAACUCCUGAAAAAUAAGAUGGAUUAUUGUGUACAUACGUCGUAAAUUAUUUAAAUGUCUAUAUUCACUCUAUUGUUUUUAACCAUCAUUCGUGUAAGAGUGGGAUGAUCUUUGGGAAGCAUGAAUGUUGAAUAAGAAACUGAAAAAGGGGUACAAUGUUGAUUUUCUUCUAUAUUUUUCAUUUUCUGUACUCACCGGAUAAUAUUAACAAUUCAACUUCCUGAGUCAUGGAAGCAAUCUGUUGCCUUCAGCUGUGAGGUUUUGGUUUUUCAAGAGGUUUUCUUGGAUAAUCUUGCAGACCACUCUUAUUGAACGAUGGUUAAAAAUUACUCUGGAGUAUUGAAAAUGCUGUGUGUGUGUGUGUGUGUGUAUGCUUGACAUGUGAUUUUUAUUUUAUGUUCUUUCUUCCUGUGAAGCAUGAGGAUGUUUGUCAUUGUGUUUGUGGCCUGGUCUGCCUCUUUCUUUGUUUUUGUAUCCGGUCUUUUCAAUUUGAAAAUUGGGCCGUUCUACAGGUGGCUCACAUACAGUGUUUUUCCUGCCUUUGAAUAGUUAUUGAACAUUUAUUAAAUUGAGAGUAUUGUUCUAAAGUUGUAAUUGUGCAACAUAUAAAUCACAGCAGCAAUUCUCUAUCUACCUGGGUUUUUUCUCUCUUCUGUCCUUGCUAUUCUUAAAUCCCAAAAGGCCCGUGUAAUAAUUACAAGCCAACUGUCUUCAUAAAUGUUGCAAAAAAACUAAAAGAAAUAAUUUGAGUCACUUUGUUCAAAAACGUUAUAAUUGGAUUAAAGUUUUUCUUGGCUUAUAGAAAACGUUAUUGUCUGCUGUAACCAUUUCUGAAGUAGCAGGAAUGUGUUCAGUAGUCAAUUGGUUUCACCAAGAAUUUGAAUGUUUGUCUGAUACGUCAGACUGUGAAAUUUAACAUUUCAUACACUUUUUCUUUGCAUGUUUCCAUCCUCAUUUGACUGCUUUGCUGCAGUCGGUUAAAUCCUCAUUUGCUGCUCUUUUGUUUACCAAGCUAUUACUAACAUUCCUUAAGAUGUGUGAAACUGAUGGAUGUACAUGUUUAGGAAACUAAGUAAAAACAAUGUUAGGCUUCUGGAUGCGUCACAACAUAUAGGGUUUAUUAACACUUUGACAGCUCUGUUUAUGUUAAUAAAUCUGGAUAGUUUGUAGUCUUUCAGGGAUUUUUAAUUUAGUCUAGUGUGCAGUCACAUAAGAAAAGAAAUCCACAGAUUACAGAUUAGUUAAUUUCUCACUGUCUGAAGUCAUUCAUUAUUGGACUCACUUUGUGAGCGCAAACAUUGAAUCAUAUGUAAGAAAGGCAUAGUUAGGGAAAUAAAAAGUUCAGCCUAAUUGCCAUGCUUGAAAGAAAAAUUUUCAUUUAAAAACAAGGACUGUACCAACCUGGGUUUUUGGUAACUGUAAAUGGUACUGUGUAUACACUGUGUUGAUGUGAUGAUGAUGAUCAGAAAAUAGCUAAUCGUUUUUGACAUUGUGGAUGAUCCAAUCAAAAUCAAAUUUUCCUUCUGGCUUCAUAAAUGUUGGAAAAAAAAAUAAAUGGUUUGAUCAAGA